GUUGUGCUCAGCAGUGAUAUAAAACUUGGUGUAGAAUUUAUCCUGAUGUAUCAAUCAAAAUGGAAAGGACCCAGUGUUUUUCUGUGGGUUGAAUGGAGAUACUUCAGUGUUAAAGUCUGCUUUUAUUAAUAGUGAAGAUAAAACCUGAAGUGUUACUUAAGUAUUUCAGAGCUGUAGUAGUGGCUUAAAACUCUGCUGUGUGUUUAAUGAAUUAAUAUUGUCUGCUGCUUUUUUUUUCUUCUUCUUAACUGUUCCUUGGAAAUGUCUCUCUUCUUGUUUUCUUCCAGGCCUGAUGUUACAGUUCUUGUGAUUGUGAGUGUGCAGAUCAGAAGCUGAGUGUGCAGAUGAAUGAUGUUUGAGCCGAGGGGGUUGCCUGAGAGCAGCACACGUGUGUGCUAUGGUUAGCUGCCUCCCAGCACUCGAGGGGCUGAUUUCUCAUGGUGUGACACUCGUCCAGCACCGGGAUAAAGGAUAACGACUCUAUGGAUAUACAGAAUCCUUCACCAUGGUAAAACUCGCCAACCCGCUGUACACAGAGUGGAUUUUGGAGGCAAUCAAAAAGGUAAAGAAGCAGAAACAGCGGCCUUCGGAGGAGAGGAUUUGCAAUGCAGUGUCAUCUUCUCACGGCCUGGACCGCAAAACUGUUCUGGAACAGUUGGAGCUGAGCGUGAAAGAUGGAACUAUUUUAAAAGUGUCCAACAAGGGUCUCAACUCCUACAAGGAUCCCGAUAAUCCUGGGAGAAUAGCACUUCCCAAGCCUCGGAACCAUGGCAAGCUGGAUGGCAAACCAAAUGUGGACUGGAACAAACUCAUCAAACGGGCGAUCGAGGGCUUGGCCGAGUCCAGUGGCUCAUCCCUGAAGAACAUCGAGCGCUUUCUGAAGGGUCAGAAAGAUGUGUCAGCGUUGUUUGGGGGCAGUGCUGCCUCCAUCUUUCACCAGCAAUUACGAUUGGCUGUCAAACGUGCUGUUGGCCAUGGCAGGCUCCUCAAAGAUGGACCUCUCUACCAGCUCAACACUAAAGCAACUACUAAUGCUGAUGGGAAGGAGAGUUUUGAGUCUCUUUCCUGUCUCCCUCCAGUGUGUCUCCUUCCCCAUGAAAAGGAUAAGCCUGUUGCUGAACCAAUUCCAAUUUGCAGUUUCUGCCUUGGUACAAAAGAGCAAAACCGGGAGAAGAAGCCUGAAGAGCUCAUCUCUUGUGCUGACUGUGGCAACAGUGGUCAUCCGUCCUGCCUGAAGUUCUCCCCGGAGCUGACGGUGCGGGUGAAGGCCCUGCGGUGGCAGUGCAUCGAGUGCAAGACCUGCAGCUCCUGUCGAGACCAGGGCAAGAAUGCUGAUAACAUGCUCUUCUGUGACUCCUGCGACCGUGGCUUUCACAUGGAAUGCUGCGACCCUCCUCUCACCAGGAUGCCAAAAGGUAUGUGGAUCUGUCAGAUCUGUCGGCCCCGGAAGAAGGGGAGGAAGCUGUUACAGAAGAAGGCAGCUCAGAUCAAGAGACGCUACGCCAACCCCAUCGGGCGGCCCAAGAACAGGCUAAAGAAUCAAAACACAACGUCAAAAGGCCCCUUCAGCAAAGUCCGCGCGGGGCCGGGUCGGGGCCGGAAGCGCAAGAUGACCCUGUCCGGGCAGGCCCCGGGGGCAGAGGGGGGAUACCUGGAGCAGACAGAUGUCCUGGACUUCUGCAGAGAUGGCAGCAACACCCUCAAGUUCAACAAGAAAACCAAAGGGCUCAUAGAUGGCCUUACUAAAUUCUUCACUCCCUCCCCCGACGGACGGAAAGCUCGAGGGGAGGUGGUCGACUAUUCCCAGCAGUACAGGAUCAGGAAAAAGGGUACCAGGAAAUCCAGCACUUCAGAAUGGCCCACAGACAAUCAGGAUGGCUGGGAUGGAAAACAAGAAAAUGAGGACCGUUUUUUUGGGAGCCAGGAUGUCUUAAAUGAAAAAGACAUGGAGUUGUUCAGAGAUAUUCAGGAACAAGCACUGCAGAAAGUAGGGGUGACUGGGCCUCCUGACCCCCAGGUCCGCUGCCCCUCUGUCAUUGAGUUUGGCAAAUAUGAAAUCCAGACCUGGUAUUCCUCCCCAUACCCCCAGGAGUACUCGAGGCUACCUAAGUUGUACCUUUGUGAAUUCUGUCUAAAGUAUAUGAAAAGCAGAACUAUUCUCCAACAGCAUAUGAAAAAAUGUGGCUGGUUUCAUCCUCCAGCCAAUGAAAUUUACAGGAAAAACAAUAUUUCAGUCUUUGAGGUUGAUGGCAAUGUCAGCACAAUCUACUGCCAGAAUCUGUGCUUGUUAGCCAAGCUCUUCUUGGACCACAAGACUCUCUAUUACGACGUGGAGCCAUUUCUCUUCUAUGUGCUGACCCAGAACGAUGUCAAGGGCUGUCACCUUGUUGGCUACUUUUCCAAGGAAAAACACUGCCAGCAGAAGUACAACGUUUCCUGUAUAAUGAUUCUUCCACAAUACCAGCGUAAGGGCUAUGGCAGGUUCCUCAUCGACUUCAGCUAUUUGCUUUCAAAGCGUGAGGGCCAAGCAGGAUCCCCAGAGAAGCCCCUGUCAGACCUGGGGCGCCUCUCAUACAUGGCUUACUGGAAAAGUGUCAUAUUGGAGUGCCUUUAUCAUCAACGUGACAAGCAAUUGAGCAUCAAGAAGCUGAGCAAGCUGACUGGGAUCUGCCCUCAAGACAUCACUUCCACCCUCCAUCACCUGCGGAUGCUCGACUUCCGCAGUGACCAGUUUGUGAUCGUCCGCCGGGAGAAGCUGAUCCAGGAGCACAUGGCCAAGCUCAGGACCAACGUCCGGCCCAUCGACGUGGACGCAGAGUGUCUGCGCUGGACGCCCGUCAUCGUCUCCAACUCCGUGGUCUCUGAGGAUGAGGAGGAGGAGACAGAGGAUGGUGAAAAUGAAGAGCAACAACAGCAGAAAGAAAAGGAUCCAGAGACCAGUAUGGUAAAAUCCGUGUCAUGGGAGAAGAAAGAGCAGGAGCCUUACUCACCUCCGGAGAGCGAAAAAAAGCCCGACAUCGUCGCUCCGGCCAACUCCGCGCGAGCAGACAAGCACAUCUUCCCCCUGGACAGUCUUCCUGCCAACAGCCAGCCCUCCCGGAGGGGGCGGUGGAACCGCAAGAGCAAAAAGCUGCGAGAGCCCUUCGGUGAGCAGGAGCCGGCCCUGCCCGGGGAGGACAAGGCGGCGCUGCCCAGCGGGAGAUGCAGCGAGUGCGAGGAGAAAUCAGCGGCCUCACGGGGCCGCUGCAGCGACUGCGAGGAGAAGUCGGCCCUGCAGGGGAGGUGUGGGGAGUGCGAGGAGAAGUCUCCAGCCUUGAGGGGCCGCUAUGCUGAGGAUGAGGAGAAGUCCCCGGGUCCCCAGGGCCAGUACGGCAAAGGGGAGAAGGCGGCGGUUCCCCGCCGGCGGCACAGCGAGGGCGUGGAGAGGUGGAGGGGGCAGCUGAAGAAGAACACGGAGCCACCCAAGUGCAGGUUCCCAGAGGACUGUGACAGGUUACCCCGGCGCUACAGCGACAGCGACAGGGCCCUGCUGAGGUGUUUCAGUGAGAGCAGUGAGGAGGAGGACGAUGAGCCCGUGAGCCCUCGGUCCAGCUCCCCGCCCGUCCUCACCAAGCCGACGUUGAAACGGAAGAAGCCCAUCCUGCACCGCAAGAGGCGCGUGCGCAAGCGCAAACACCACAACAGCAGCGUCGUCACCGAGACCAUCUCCGAGACCACCGAGGUGCUGGACGAGCCCUUCGAGGACUCGGACUCCGAGCGGCCCAUGCCCCGACUGGAGCCCACCUUUGAGAUCGAGGAGGAGGAGGAGGAGGAGGAGGACGAGGAGGAGGAGAGUGAACUCUUGUCCAGUGGAUACUUUCGGCACUUGGCCCCACCAGACCCGCUCAGGCACAGACCCUCUUCCAAGAGGAAGUCCAAAGACGAGGAGGAGUCUGAUGACAAUAAUGGUAACCCCCCUCUGAAACCGUUGUCUCUGCUGAGGAAAUGCGAAGCAAAGGAUUCUUCACUUGAGCCAGACACUUCCACACCCCUGAAAAAGAAGAAGGGAUGGCCAAAAGGGAAAAGCCGAAAACCAGUCCACUGGAAGAAAAGACCUGGUCGAAAACCAGGUUUUAAACUGACCCAGGAAGAGGUGCCACCACCAGUUCAGGAUGAAGGAGCUGAUGAAGCAGCAGCGAAUUCAAAACCAGGGCGUAAGCCCAAAAUCUCGGAUAAAGAAGAAUGUGUUGAGCAGAAAGAAGACCUGCCUCUCCUUGAGGAAAGGAAAGAGGAAGAUGUGAAUAUGGAAGCAGAAGAGGUAGGAGAGGGAGAAGAGGAAGAUAUAGCCAGCAAUGAAGUAAGAGCAGUUUCUCCUGUGGACAGCAACAGCAGUCCAGUGCCAGAAGUCAAAGAGCCUGAGAUAGAAGAGGAAGUAGAGGAGAAGCCACGGGUUUUAGAAGAGCAGAGGCAAUCAGAAGAGGAGCAGCAAGAACUCGAUGAACCUGAGCACGACCAUGAGGAAGAAGAGGAAGUUGCAGUGGUGACCAAUGAAAAUGAAGAUCACGACGCUGACGACGAAGAUGAUGGUCAUCUGGAGUCAGUGAAGAAAAAAGAACUGGAGGAACAGCCUGUUAGAGAAGGGGUCAAGGAAGAGCCUCAGGGGCAAGAAUGUUUUUUAGAAACAAGCAUACCAAGCAGUAGAGAAGAUGCAAAAGAAAAAGAUGAAGCAGAGGCAGAUUCUGAGGAAGAGCAGGCUUCCAACGAGACAUCAGUGGGCUCAGAGCACGUCCCUGGGUCUGAGGAUGAUCACGAAGAAGAACAAAGUAAUAAAGAAGGGUUAAUUGAAUUAAAGGAAGAGGAAGAGAUUCCUCAUAGUGAACUAGAUCUUGAAACUGUUCAAGCAGUCCAGUCCCUGACACAGGAGGAAAGCAAUGAGCAUGAUGUAGCUUACCAGGACUGUGAGGAGACUCUUGCAGCUUGUCAGACUUUGCAGAGUUACACCCAGACUGAGGAGGACCCUCAGAUAUCGAUGGUUGAAGACUGCCAGGCCUCAGAACACAACAGCCCAAUCUCCUCUGUUCAGUCCCACCCCAGCCAGUCUGUGCGUUCUGUCAGCAGCCCAAACGUGCCUGCCCUGGAGAGCAGCUACACCCAGAUCAGUCCUGAGCAGGGAUCCCUGUCCGCACCCUCUAUGCAGAACAUGGAGACCAGCCCCAUGAUGGAUGUGCCUUCAGUAUCGGACCACUCCCAGCAGGUGGUGGAUAGUGGCUUCAGUGACCUUGGCAGCAUUGAGAGCACUACAGAGAAUUAUGAAAACCCCAGCAGCUACGACUCCACCAUGGGAGGCAGCAUUUGUGGAAAUAACUCUUCCCAGAGCAGCUGUUCCUACGGAGGACUGUCUUCUUCCAGCAGCCUCACUCAGAACAGUUGUGUUGUCACUCAGCAAAUGGCAAACAUUGGCAGCAGUUGCAGCAUGAUGCAGCAAAACACUGUCCAGCCUGCAGCAAACUGUAAUAUCAAGUCACCUCAGAGCUGCGUGGUGGAAAGGCCCCCGAGCAACCAGCAACCGACGACGCAGCCCCAGCAGCAGCAGCCCCAGUCCCAGCAGCCACAGCCCCCCCCUCCGCCCCAGCAGCAGCCGCCGCUGUCCCAGUGUAGCAUGAACAACAGCUUCACCCCGGCCCCCAUGAUCAUGGAGAUCCCCGAGUCGGGCGGCGCCGGCAACAUCAGCAUCUACGAGAGGAUCCCGGGGGAUUUCGGGGCCGGGAGCUACUCCCAGCCCUCGGCCACGUUCAGCCUGGCCAAGCUGCAGCAGCUGACCAACACCAUCAUGGACCCCCACGCCAUGCCUUAUAGCCAUUCUCCUGCCGUGACCUCCUAUGCAACCAGCGUGUCUCUGUCCAACACGGGGCUGGCCCAGCUGGCCCCCUCCCACCCCCUGGCCGGCGCCCCGCAAGCACAAGCCACCAUGACCCCCCCGCCCAACCUGGCCCCCACCACCAUGAACCUCACGUCGCCGCUGCUGCAGUGCAACAUGUCGGCCGCCAACAUCGGGCUGGGGCACGCGCAGCGCCUGCAGGGCCAGAUGCCCGUCAAGGGGCACAUCUCCAUCCGCUCCAAGUCGGCGCCGCUGCCCUCGGCGCCCGCGCACCAGCAGCAGCUGUACGGGCGCAGCCCCCCGGCCGUGGCCAUGCAGGCGGGACCCCGAGCCCUGGCCGUGCAGCGCGGCAUGAACAUGGGCGUCAACCUGAUGCCCACGGCCCCCUACAACGUGAACUCCAUGAACAUGAACACCCUGAACGCCAUGAACAGCUACCGCAUGACGCAGCCCAUGAUGAACAGCAGUUACCAUAGCAACCCUGCCUACAUGAACCAGACAGCACAGUAUCCUAUGCAGAUGCAGAUGGGAAUGAUGGGCAGCCAGGCCUACACCCAGCAGCCUAUGCAGCCAAACCCUCACGGGAACAUGAUGUACACGGGCCCCUCCCAUCACAGCUACAUGAACGCUGCCGGGGUGCCCAAGCAGUCCCUCAAUGGACCGUACAUGAGAAGAUGAGCAAGAUGAACUUGCGUCCUAAAAACUGAAAUAUAUAUAAAUAAAGGAACCUUUUAUACUGACAAACCAGAGAAAAUGGACCUUUUUCCAGUUAAAAUAUUGCUGUAGAUUUAGAGGGAUUUUCUUUGGUUUAUUUUAUUUUUUAGGAAGCCUGGUCUUUAUUUUUUUGAUUUUUUUUUUGUUUGUUUAUUUGUUUGUUUUUGUUUUCUUCACAAUCCUCAAACAUUUUACAGCUAAAAUCAUUUACAGAUGUUUUUUAGAGAGGAAAACAUGCACAAAAUCUUUUCAUAAUUUAAAAAGAGCCUUACUUUGCUGACAAAGUGGACAGACUAUGUGUAACAGUGAAAUCAUGUUCCUAAAUUUUUUAAAAAAUGUACGUCCUUCUCCCUCCCCUGUGCCCCUCUGUAUGCAGUUUCUAGUGCUGCAGCCGUGUAAAAUGUUUAACAUCUCAAAGAAUAACAACCCUUCCCUCUAAACCCCACUUAGCAUUUCCUACUUCUAGCAGGAGGCACUUAUUGGGAGACUUGGAAGGGGACACAGAGGAUAAAUGAAGAUCUUUAUUUCUGCAAGUCAGGAAAAAUUUUUAAUCUUUAAUUUUCCCUGACUCCCUCACCCUCAGUAAAAUUUGGAGUUAGGUGUAAACAAUAAACUAUUCACAUUGGUGUUUUUGUAGAUGAGUUAAUUGAAAUUGUAUGUUUCAUGCUGAAAAUAUGAUGUAACUUUAAAGUGAUCCCAUUCCCCACCCAGCCGUGCCCGUGGACACACGUGUGGGGGCUGCACAACGUCCUGGCACGGAACUGCUGGAAGCACCUCAGGAGAGCUCCCAGAGAGCUCGUGUGUGUCCCCUGCACCGGGGGGACGGGGGCGAUGGCUGCGGGGACAAGGAUGUGGCUCCUGUGGGGACUCGGGGUCAGCCCCAGCUCCGGGGUCCCAACUGCUCUGUGUGUCCCUGGAAAUGCUGAGGGUCUUGGCUCUGAGCUUGGGGUCGGGCUGAGCUCAGGAGCAGCUGCUUCCAGUUCUCUCUUGGCUUGGGAAGUGCUGGAACAUGAAGUGUUUGGUGACUGGGAGCCCCGCGGGGUCCUUGUCCCUGUCCCAUCUCUGGUCUGGGGUAGGAAGUUGCUGAAUGUGCCACUCUCUGGGGGAGUCGGUGAUGUGCUCCCUGAUUCUCCCACUGUGUUUGAUCCCCGUUUUAUAGGAAUAGCCCCACGUUUGAUCUGGUGUGGGCAAAGAAGGGAAUCGGCCUGUUUGACAGCAGUGAACCCGUCCCAGCACCGGAGCAGGAUGGAGGCUGCAGGAUUUUGCUGUUUGUUGCUGCAUAAUCCAAUUUACAUUCUUUUUGGCUACACUGCUGGCACGUCACCCAGUACAAAAAGGGACACCCUUUAAUGUAAAGUUCUUUUUUUAUUGUAUAUGAAGUAGAGAUACAGACACAUUAAUAAGACUAAUUUCUUUUGUUUUUAAACCAAAAGAGUCUAAAAGAAAGUUGGGGUUUUUUCAGAUGCACUAAAAUGGACUUUCCUCCAGUAACUGCUAACCAUAAAAGGCAGAAUUCAAAGGACUUCCACUUUUUAUUUCUGUUUAAUUUUGAGCAUGUACAAGGCUGUGUAGGACCCCGUUUCUCUGUAUAUACUAUUCCAGUUCCAAAUAACCCGUGUAGAAAGCGCACUGUGCUGCCCUCUCUUCCUUGAUCUUCAGCUGUGUCGCUGCUUCCUGGGGGUGGGGGUGGGUCUGAGACAGGAGGAGAAGCUGUUGAAAUGAGGGCCGUGAAUUUAGUUUGUUUGCUGUUAUGUUUGGUUUGGUUUUGUAUGGGUUUUUUUAUCAAUUGGGCAGCUCCCUUUUCCACAAGCCUUUGUGACUGUAGAACUAUUGUAGAAAAAAAAGUUCUUUUCUAUAUAUAAAAAGAAAUUAUCCAACGCAGUAAUAUUGGUACCUACCAUUUUUUCACUUCUGUUUAAAAAAAAAAAUGUAUUUUUAGCAAGAUAACUUGGGUAAUCUUCUAAAAGAAAUUAAAAAAAAAAUCUCACAGUUAGUGACUUUGAUGCCUUUUAAAAAUAAGAGCUUUUUCAUUUCAUUCCAUCUUUAAAAUUUUUUAUCUUUGUUGUAGAAUAUUAAAAACUAUUUUAAGAAAGAUAAAAUUCUCUUUAAAGAGAUCUCUAGAGUGUGUGAAUAGGAGCUCCAGAUGCCUCUAAAAGCCGCAUGUACAAAUGAAGCUGAGUCUAUUCCUGUCUGUUUAUAUUUGCUUUUCCUGUUUUGUAACCUCUUUGUACUUUGUUCAUGGUGACUUGUAAGCUAAAGGGGAAGGGGGUGCCCAGAUGCCUUUGUAAUUCUCCAUGUCAUACGCUCCUGGCUGGAUGGUCUCCCUUCCUCUCCUUGUAUGUAAUAUCACUUUUUUUUCCCCUUUCUAGCAAGUACUUUCAAAAGAACUCUGUACAUUUUAACAUAAAAAAUAAAUUAUGUUGAGCCAUUUUGGAUGUCA